AUGGGGAAGCCAGGCUUGGGCAUCUUCACCGUUCGCCGCAAGUCCCAGGGCAAUGCAUUCGACGAGGCCGACGUGGCAGUCAGCCCCGAUGUUUCUGCUGCACCAGCCCGUGACGACUCGGGCGGCUUCCGACUGCUGAGCAGGACGGAGGUGGAAAAGGCAAACGAGCGCAGGAAAACACAGGAGAAGCCUUCGAAAUUUCCACGCUUCAGUGGCUUUGGCAGCAGUGGGAACAAGGGCCGCAAUCAGUCCAUCGAGGACGAGUCUCCAGGAUCCUCAAAGCGCGACAGCAAAUCGAGCAGUGGAACUCAAUUCUCAUCGUCACGGCCUUAUACGAACGGCCAGCACGGCUCAACCUCGACCCUACCCUCGUCGACCGAUACGAGCUCCGACGACAACCUCUUCGCUAACGUCCACCGACCUUCUAUCCCACAGCACAGCAGCUCUCCUGUCUCGUACUCGGUCAGCGGCAUUCGGAAGCAAUUCCCAUCACUGACGUCGCUGCCACGGACCAGUUCAGGUGUCUCCUACAAGGAUCAGCUGCCUGACGCCAACUCCAGAAACCGUGCCAUGACCACAUCGAGCUAUGCCAGCACGGCAAUCCCACCCAAGCUCGAGUCCAAUCUGAACUUCGAGUCGUCGUCUUUUGACGAUGACAUGUUCAGUCACAUCAACCCCAAGGCACCCUCCCCUGAAGUUCCACGAGAGUCCGCAGGCAGAUCGCUGCUUUCGGAAAAGCGCACAUUCCAGGCUGAACCCAUCAAGAUCCACCCCAAGCUUGAGGUCGAGCCUCCAUUAAAAAGUUGGGACAGCCGUAACUCCGCCGACAACCUCAUGUCGUCGCCGCACUCUGACAACGACUCACCGCCUCCGCCUCCGCCUCCGCACAAUUACUCGUCUUACGCGCCGAUCGCGUCGGAAAGCCCUACGCUGCAGUCGUCUGGCACCUUCCAGGACUCCGAUGCCCACUUUGUCCGCAAAUCCUUCAUGGAGCGAAAAGGCUACCGUGAUAGCUCGCCGGAGCAGCAGCCCAACUCGAAUGCCUCCUCGUCUGCCAACUCUUACGACACCCCCUAUUCAUCGCGCUCGGCUACCGCCUCUAGUACGACGACCAACACCACCCCCAAAGCAACACUGGCACCAGCUGUCUCCUAUGCAGAUAGCGAGGAUGAAGACCUCUUCACGCCUGGCAAGAAGACUGCCACUCAAAAUGCACCUUCAACAGCCCGCAAGGUCUCUCCACCCACAGCGCCGCAGGAUAAGCCCACAGCGGCCUCGACUGCAGCGAAUGGCGGUCGGGUCAUGACGCAGUCGGAAUUCCGUGAAUAUCAGAAACGACAGCUGUCGCAACCCCCUGCAGACGAGAGCUCGGAUGAAGAUGACUACGAAGAUGAGGAAGACGCCAUCAAGAAGCGUGAAGAGGAGGAAGUGCUACGGCGUAAGAACCAGCAAAUGCACUUCGCACGGGAGGCCAUGCGCCGCUCCACAACAGCCCCGGGCAACCCGACACGACCGGAAAGCUCGGUUGGGAACAUCAACAUGGACAUGGGAUUUCCUUCAGAAGUCUCGAUGAAGGCAGAUGAAUGGGAAGAUGACGAUGUGCCAUUGGGCAUUCUCGCUCAACACGGGUUCCCCAGCCAAGCACGCAACAAGCUCCCGAACCAGCCACCCAACGCAAUGCCAUCAUACAUACCCGACCGUCCUGCCUCUGCUGGUGCUAUGAGCCAGCGCGGCGCUCAGUCACACAUGCCUGCAUUCGCAAGGGGCCUGCCUGCGGAUCCAUACUCUCCUUAUGUCGGUGGUGGCAUUGUCCGCCAUAUGAAUCGUGAAUCAUUAGGAUUCAAUGGAUUUGCACGGGAUCCUGCUUCCAUUGCCGGGGAUUCCAUGGCAGGUGGCACGGCUAUACCUCCCAUGCCCGCCAUGCCUCCUAGUAUGAUGUACCAGGAUGCUGGCCUAUCGCAGCCCUCUCUUGUGGAUCAGAUUCAGUUGCGCGAUAUGCAGAAGCCCAAGUACAUGGGUGGUGCAUCCAACAAGAAGCAAGAGGGUGGGCCUUUUACCGGCAUUCUUGGCCAACGUAUGAACUCGAACGGUCAGACACAGGCGCCGACACGCAUGUCCAACAUGCCUAGCAUGAACUCAGCCAUGGGUGUGCCUAGCCCGCAGAUGGGCGGGCAAAUGGGCGGCCAGAUGCCUAUGAUGGGCAUGGGUAUGGGAAUGCCAAUGGGAAUGGGAAUGGGCAUGGGCAUGGGCAUGGGCAUGAAUCCUAUGGGAUUUUCCAUGCCACAACAAAACGACUACAUGCAGAUGCAGCAGAUGCAGCAGAUGAUUGCUAUGCAACAGAUGCAACUGCAACAAAUGCAAGCUAUGCAGAAUCCACAACAGCUGCAGGCAAUGCAAAAUCAGCAGCAGCAACAGGACCCUCGCGUAUCGAUGGCUAUGCCCAACAACAGCUUUGGCGGCAACAUGAUGGGCAAUGGGAGUUUCUUGAGCGUUCCGGGUAUGCAGAACGGUACCCUAGAUCAUCAAGGUCGUCCCAUGUCCAUCAUGUCCGCCAAUGGAAACCAACAACAGCCCCGAAUGCACAGCUUCAUGGGACCUGGCGCGGGAUACACGCCUUCUAUCGCACCCUCGGAGCGAUCAAACGUGGGCCUGUCCGCAAGAUACCGACCUGUUGUUAACCACUCGGAUUCAAACUCCAACGGAACCUCGAUGACUUUGCAAGCCUCGGGCGGCGCAGCGCCAGGCAAAACUGGGGCGAUCAAGGGCAUACUUAAGAAGGGCAGCCCUCAGCCUCAGGUAUCGGUUCGGGAAACCGACGAGGUGGAUGAGGAUUGGGGCAAACUGGCAGCCCGCAAGAACAAGUCUGCGGGCAAAGGCAAGGAGAACAGCACCAACGGGCUCGAGGAGCUUACACGCGGUCUAAACAUUUGA